UUUUUGUUUAUUUUUACCGUAACCCCUCACUAAAAUUAAUUUUAUUUCCUUAUAUAUUCACACAUAAAAUAAUAUAUAUAUAUAUAUAACCAUAACAUAAAAUCCAAUAUUUUUAUAAUAAAAGCAAAAGAUUUUGCCUUUGUCUCUGCUUUUCUUUAACCAUCAAUUUUCUUGGAUUUGUUGAUCUACUUUGUCUGAUGAAAUUGGAAGUUUUUUGAUCUUUGUUGUUGAGCUUCAUUUUGGGGCACUGAUGAGUGGCUCAUGGCUGAAGAAUAUCUACUGGAAAAUUCUAGUGAAGUGGUGAAGGCAUAAAGAAGUACAAAUCUUGAUUAUAUGUAAAAUUUUGUGAAGUUGGUAUUUUUUUGGGUUUUGUUUGAUUUUUGUGGAUUUGAUAUGGGUGGGUGUUUUCCUUGCUUUGGAUCAUCAAACAAGGAAACUGGAAAACAAGUGGUAAAAAAAGAGUCUUUUAAGGAUGCUUCUGCUCCUCAGUCUAUCCAUUUGAGUAAAGUUAAUUCAGAUAAAUCAAAGUCUCGUGGAAGUCAUGAUCCUAAGAAAGAUCCAGCCAUUCCAAAAGAUGGACCAACAGCACAUAUUGCUGCGCAGACAUUCACAUUUCGUGAGCUUGCUGCUGCAACGAAGAAUUUUAGGCCAGAGUGUUUGCUUGGUGAAGGUGGGUUUGGACGUGUUUACAAAGGUCGGCUGGAAAGCACCGGACAGGUGGUUGCUGUUAAACAGCUUGACCGCAAUGGUCUUCAAGGAAAUAGGGAGUUUCUGGUGGAGGUUCUGAUGCUUAGCUUACUACAUCAUCCAAAUCUCGUCAACCUGAUUGGUUAUUGUGCAGAUGGGGACCAACGCCUCCUUGUUUACGAGUUUAUGCCAUUGGGUUCCUUAGAGGAUCAUUUACAUGAUCUUCCACCUGAUAAAGGACCAUUAGACUGGAAUACAAGGAUGAAGAUUGCAGCUGGUGCAGCGAAGGGUUUAGAGUAUCUGCAUGACAAAGCCAACCCUCCCGUAAUAUAUAGAGACUUAAAAUCUUCCAACAUACUUCUUGAUGAAGGAUAUCACCCUAAAUUAUCAGAUUUUGGGCUUGCUAAAUUGGGCCCUGUUGGCGACAAGACUCAUGUGUCUACACGUGUGAUGGGCACAUAUGGUUAUUGUGCUCCUGAAUAUGCAAUGACAGGUCAACUCACAUUGAAAUCUGAUGUGUACAGUUUUGGGGUUGUCUUCCUUGAGCUGAUUACAGGCCGCAAAGCAAUUGAUAACACUCGGAGUCAUGGGGAGCAUAAUCUUGUUGCCUCGGCUCGACCACUUUUCAAGGAUAGGAGGAAGUUCCCGAAAAUGGCAGAUCCACUAUUGCAAGGCCGUUACCCAAUGCGAGGACUUUACCAAGCACUGGCUGUGGCAGCAAUGUGCUUGCAAGAACAAGCAUCUACUAGACCUUUAAUAGGGGAUGUUGUGACAGCUUUAACAUAUUUAGCCUCUCAAACUUAUGACCCUAAUGCAGCAGGUGCACAAAGUAACCGCGUUGGUUCAUCCACUCCAAGGAGCAGGGAGGAUAGACUGCACUCUGUUGAUGGAGUAGAUAGCCCUGAACAUUGCAGUGCUCACCAUGGUUCUCCUUCCAUCCAGAGGAAUUCUCCUGAUUCCAGGAAAAGAGAUUAUGCCAGGGAUUUCAAUACUGGGAUAGAGUUGAGGAAAAUUGCAACUAGUGGUGGAUCUAGUCGUAAGUGGGGUUUGGAUGAAUCAGAACGUCCUGAUUCUCAAAGAAACAGCCCUGUCAGUGCAGGUAGAACUAGAGAAACCCCAAGGAAUCGAGAUUUAGACAGGGAACGUGCAGUUGCUGAAGCAAAGGUAUGGGGCGAAAAUUGGAGAGACAAAAAGAAGACAAAUGGAAGGGGCAGUAGUUUUGAUGGGAUAAAUGAUUGAUUUAUGCAAUAUAUAUGUCUCAAGGAUUUUUAGGAAUAUAGGUGGUGAUCUUCAUGAUGCAAAUACGUGAUACUGCAAUUGCAUAAUCCUUGAGUUCUUGGUUUUCCAUCCUCACCUUGGAAGUAAGAGUCCUGUCCUACUUUCGGUGUUUGCUCAUUGAGGGUAAUUCAUUCUUGUUCAAUGUAAAUUAGAUGUUUCAGCUGUUGUGGUCGAAAUGAGAGGGAAACUAGCCUGAUGGUGCAAUCUGGGGCUAGAGUUGGGGAACAUGUUAAUCUUAUGUAUUACGGGGUUUCUAGAGUUUAUGGUACAGAAGAAGUGGGGAACAUAUCUAACUUUCGCUUCUUAUGUGGUCUUUGUAUGGAGCGGACGUCCCUUGUAAAAUUCCAUUGUUGCACCUUGUAUUCUGUUGUAGUUCCCAUCUGUAAGGAUUUCCGAGUCUCGCGUCUUGGCUUUUAUAGAAAAGGGGUUUGAGUAUCA